CCUAUGAAUCCUUUGGGCAAUUUUUUUUGGUUUUAAUUGAUUGGCAAUUUCUAUAUCAACAGCGAAGGCUGUCUCGUUGCCCCUCCCUCUCAGUGACUGAAACAGCGAGUGUUGCUGUUGCUGAAGAACCAGCGCCAUCCAAGAACAGGAUACUUGCUGCUGCACUGCUAUACUAAAUGGGGGAGUCAUCGUUUUUUGACACAAUGAUCAGUCAUCUACGUUCAACAUCCAAGUAUUAUACUGGUUAUCCAAAGGAUCUCGGGCCAUCAAGGGUUAUCCAUUUUACAUCAGAACGUGAAUUUGUUCAGCUCCUUCAUGAAGGUUAUCCUGUGGUUGUGGCAUUCACCAUCAGGUGUAACCUUACACAACAUCUUGACAAAGUAUUAGAGGAAGCUGCAGCUGAGUUUUAUCCACAUGUGAAAUUUAUGCGUGUUGAGUGUCCAAAAUAUCCUGGUUUCUGUAUUACACGGCAGAAGAAGGAAUAUCCAUUUAUAGAAGUAUUUCAUAGUCCAGAACAAACAUCUAGCCAGGGAAGGGUUGCUGAUCCAAAUAUUACAAAGUACUCGGUGAAGGUUCUACCUUUCCAUAACGACACAAGUGCCUAUGGAUUUAGAGAAUUCUUCAGGCGUAAUGGAAUACGAUCAUCAAAUCCACAGUAAACCUCUGGUGAGGAUUGAGUUCAUGCCAAUGUAUUAAAUAACUUUUGAUUAAUGGUUGAUUGGAUGAUGCUCAUGUAUUAUGAAAAAGAAAACCUUGGCACAUAUGCAACAUAUUGAGAACAAUGGAUUAAGUUCUACUGGUUUGUUUCAUUUUGACCUGAAAGCUGUAUUAUUUUAUGUUUUAACAGCUGUCUCUUUAGGUUCCUUGAAUAUUUGAUUUUUUAAAAAUUCCAAUCUAAUUUCAAUA